GAGUCCUGCUCUUCUCCAUAGGGCUGCUUUAUCUAAGUGUUUGACUUUGUGUAUGAGUGUGUGAAGAAGUGUGUUUGGGUACCAGAGAGAAGACUUUUUCUGUGACAGGGGGUAAAAAGAAGGAACAACUGAGAAAAUAUUGGGAGUUGAUGAGUUGUUGAAUCCUAGAAGAUCCAGUUUGGUUUACAGUUGUUUACUCAUCUCCUUUUAUUUAUACAUUUCUUUUAUCAGUCUCUAGAGUUGAAGAUCAGAUAGAAUGGAUGCUUUACUUUUAUUGGAUAUGGAGUACAAUCACACCUUUGUGGAGGAGCAUUUUUACUUUGAGGACAGCAUGGAUGGCUUUGGCAUCACAGUGGCCAUUCUCUACAUUGUGGUGUGCAUUGUGGGACUUGCUGGGAAUUCUCUUGUCAUCAUCGCCAUUUUGAAACUGGACAAAAUGUCAACUUCCACGACUGUUUACAUUUUCAACUUGGCUCUGGCUGACGGGCUCUUCAUGGUCGGUCUUCCCUUUAUAGCAAGCCAGAACUUCCUGAACCAGUGGGUGUUUGGCGACAUCGCCUGCAAAGUGGUCAUGGUCCUUGAUGGCAUCAACCAGUUCACCAGCGUCUUCUGCCUGACGGCGAUGAGCAUCGACCGCUACAUGGCGCUGGCUGAUCCGCUUCGACUCGCCCGUUGGAGGACGCCGCUCUGUGCUAAGGUAGUUUCUGCAUUCCUGUGGCUCUUCUCUCUCAUCACCAUCCUUCCCAUGGCGUUUCACUUCUCAGCCGACCGAGGCUUGUGCAUACCAGACUUUGUUUCAGACACCUGGUGGCUUGGCGUCCUCUCCUACACCUUCGUCAUGGGAUUUGCUUUACCAUUUACAGUCAUGAUGGCGUCCUACAUGGCUAUGCUGCUCACCCUGCGGUCCCAGCGGCUUCAAGCCUUAGCUCUGAACCACGAAAGCCACCGGCUGGAGCAGCAGGUCACCAAAAUGGUGGUGGCGGUGGUGGUUGUGUUUGGCAUUUGCUGGCUGCCUUUUUAUACAUUUAACUUUUGCUCCCUGUAUCAAAGUGGUCUAGUCUUGACUUUUGCCAGGGCUUUUGAGUUGAUGGUUUUACUGUCCUACUCAUGGAGCUGUGCUAACCCGAUCCUCUAUGCAUGUCUCUCCGACUCCUUCAGGAGGUACUUCCGCACCCUGCUUUGUCCUGUGGCCAAGUCAUCUCCCAGCAUGCAGUGCAACACUGGGGGGUAUGACCUAAAUGACACCAGUGUGCGGGAUGUCACUAUCCUGGCAUGAAAAAGGGGCUUGCAGGUUGAUACUUUUGAACUUUUUAAGACUUGUAAUGAAUUCAGUUUUUUUUGUUUAUCCAAUUAACAUGGAAUGUAUUAAAGUCACAUAUUUUUGUUUAAGAAUGAAGUUGUACAUACUUUACUUUGAAUUUGAUGGGCAUAUACUGACUGUUAAUUGACAUACAUCUUUAUAAGCUGUUUGAUUUAGAGCCCACAGAAACGGGCUAUUAAGCACACUUCUUAUCACAUGCUUCACUAAAUAAAUACUGUGAAUAUUUCAUAAUAUUUCCAACUACAGACCUUUUCAGCAAUACUAAAGCCAAAAUGUGGCACAAUAAGAGUUAACUGUACAGAGAUGGAGGGCAGACAGAAUAAUGGGGAUCAUAUAUUUGUGAGUUAACACCAGCAAACACAUACCCAGCUAUGAAAAAACUUAGACCCCCUCUCCCACUUCUAGAUUACAUCCCAGCGGUGUUAAAUGUACAGGGCAUCUGAAGAGUGUGUUUGUGCAUGGAUGGCCACGUGUGUGUGCUUGUUUGUCAUGUAGAGGCACUUUUAGAGGGAAACCUCAGGCUUACUGUGGUAUUCUGUAUGCACUCACGGAAAUGAACAGGAUUAAAGGUGUACACAUUUGUUUGUUUAAUAAAAUGUACAUUUUCCUUAUGUUUCUUAUUUUAAAAAAAAGUUAGAUAAAAAAAAUUGUUAUUUACAUCUACAAAACAUGUCUGAGUUGACUUCAUUUCAGUGAUGUAAAAGGAAAACAGUUGGUUACUGUAUUUACAUAUUGAUUGUAUCUUUCAGUAUUUCUUUUCUUUUUACAGAUGUUUGAUGAUUUUUGUUAAAUAUUCUUUUAAAAUUAGGAAUUCACCAUGUAAUCGGUUUUUUGAAUAUGAGUAAGAGUAAGAAACCUUGAUUAGUCCCUCAAUGGGGAAAUUUCUUGUAUGUUUGUAUAAUAGCACAUACACAAUUACCUGUGAUGUUCUUUAUGACUUUAUUUCUUAAAAUAAAUUUCACUUUUGAUAAUUUGAGGUCAUUUUAUAAAUAUGUUUGUUUUGUUUUUCAU